AGAAACGUGAAAAGUUAUGUAAUCAUAAGAAAUAUAAGUUACGGUUUGAGAUAUUUGAAGAUGUUGAAAAACCUACAUUUGGCAUGGAAAGUGCUGGGAGUCGCAUAUCGCACUGAACCAAAAAACGUCCAGCAUUUUCUUCAGUUACAAGCGAAAUGAAUAUUCCCAUGCUGCUCCAACAUCCUCACCAGCACUUCCUUAAAGGUCUUUUAAGAACACCUUUCCGACGUUACCACUUCAUCUUUCACACAAGUACUCACUUCAGAUCAGGAAUCCCGUGUGCUCGGCCAUUCAAUUCUCUUGGGCGCCAUUGUGCAAAGUGGAUGCCUCCGUCAAACGGUUUGAGAAAAUUGUGUCUACAAACAACCUUAAGGGAACAGACAGAAGGACUUUCUGAUAAAGAACAAAGACUUGUGGAUAAGCUUUAUACUGGUGUAAUCCAAGGGCAAAGGGCCAGCUUAGCAGAGGCCAUAACUCUUAUAGAAUCAACUCACAACAGGAGAAGAGAGUUAGCCCAGGUCCUUCUUCAGAAGGUGUUAGUCCACCACAGAGAACAAGAAAAAUUAAAUAAAGGAAAACCACUAGCAUUUCGAGUGGGAUUGUCUGGGCCUCCUGGUGCUGGAAAAUCAACCUUUAUAGAAUAUUUUGGAAAAAUGCUUACUGAGAGAGGGCACAAAUUAUCCGUGCUGGCUGUGGACCCUUCUUCCUGUACUAGUGGCGGGUCACUCUUAGGUGAUAAAACCCGAAUGAUUGAGUUAUCAAGAGACAUGAACGCAUACAUCAGGCCGUCGCCGACUAGAGGUACUUUAGGAGGUGUGACAAGGACCACAAACGAAGCUAUUCUGUUGUGCGAAGGAGGGGGAUAUGACAUCAUUCUUAUUGAAACCGUGGGUGUGGGGCAAUCAGAGUUUGCCGUUGCUGACAUGGUUGACAUGUUUGUUUUACUGCUGCCGCCAGCAGGAGGAGAUGAAUUGCAGGGUAUCAAAAGAGGUAUAAUUGAGAUGGCGGAUCUGGUGGCUAUAACCAAAUCUGAUGGAGACUUGAUCGUGCCAGCUCGAAGGAUACAAGCAGAGUACGUGAGUGCUCUGAAAUUACUCCGCAGGCGUUCAGGAGUCUGGAGACCAAAGGUAAUUCGUAUUUCUGCCAGAAGUGGAGAGGGGAUCACUGAAAUGUGGGAUGCAAUGAAAGAGUUCCAGGACGUGACGCUCGCCAGUGGGGAGCUGACUGCCAAACGACAGAAGCAGCAGAAAGUCUGGAUGUGGAACCUCAUUCAGGAAAAUGUGGUAGAACAUUUCAGGACCCACCCCACAGUCCGGGAACAGAUUCCUCUUCUGGAGAAAAGGGUUCUCAGUGGGGCCCUGUCCCCAGGACUAGCAGCAGACCUGUUGUUGAAAGCUUUUAAAAGCAGAGACUAAUGAAGUGCAUGUUAUACAAUAAUUUUAUAUAUACUUUUCAUAAAGUAUUUUAAUAUUAAAA